AUGGAGAACAAUCAGAUUACUAUGUUCAGGUCACUUAAUGCUCAUUCCACCAACUAUACCAUCAAAGCUAAGAUCAUAUCUAUGUGGGAUAAAAAAAUGAAUGGUUAUGAUAACAAGAUCUAUCGUGUUGACAUGUUGUUGAUGGAUGAAGAGGGUUCCUUCAUUCAAUGUAGCUGUUUACAUAAGCUUUUCAAACGGUUCCUUAAGUUUUUGGUAGUUGAUGACUAUUUAUUGAUUCAUAAACCAUCUCUAGCCAAAGAUACAACCAAGAUUAAGGUUACCGGAAAAGAUCAGAAGCUAUCGUUGUAUGCUUUCACGUCUGUUCUGAAAACUGAUAACUGGUCUGGUCCUCGAGAUCAGAAGAUUAGUGUAACGUUGUGGGAAAAUUAUGCAAUCACUUUGUUAAACUACAUGAAUGAUAAAAACCGCCCUGCUCAUGUGGUUAUAGUUGUCCAUUUUGGAACAGUGAACAUAUAUCAAGGUAAAGUUGGCCUGACUAACAUGUUUGAAGCAAGUCGUGUCUUCAUAAAUUAUGAUAUUCAUGAGAUCAAAGAAUUCAAAGACAGGUAUCUUGAGAAGGAGUUAUCUAAAUCAUCUUCAAGUAAACAAUCAUGCUCUCAAGUGAUAUCGAAUACAGAAGAUGAGUUUCUAAAUGCUGAAGAUUUUGUGUUGACCGGUUUUAUUGCUUCAAUUGAUGUGGAGAAAAAGGUUAUCAUUGUUGGUACUGUUAUAGCAAUUUCAAAUGAUAAGCCUUGGUAUUAUUUAUCAUGCAAUCAUUGUAAGAAGCAAAUUGAAGAGAAAUCUGAGUUGGUUGAAAGAGAUGAUGGCAGCUUUGACGUGUUGGAUGACAAGUCUUUUGAGUGUAUAAACCCAGAUUGUGAUGCUGUUGACAUUGUUCCUGUUCAUCGAUACAAAAUACCUCUAAGGGUUCAGGAUUCCACUGGAACCAUUUCCUGUACGUUGUUUGAUUAUGAAGCUAUUAAGCUUUUGAAGAAAACCUCGAAAGAACUACUUGAUAUUUACUCGAAGGUUGACACUUCCACCGAAGGAUCGUUUCAGUCACUUCCAUCUGAGUUUGAUGUGUUGUUGAACAAAAAGUUUGCCUUCCAAAUCAAAAUUUCCAGUUUUAACAUUACCAACCAGAUUGAAAACUAUGGAAUUUCAAUGUUAUCUUCCGAUGAGGAUCUACUUUCUGCUCUGGAGAAAAAAUGGAAAGUUAAUGAGUCUGACGUGUCUGAGUCAAAUGUUCAAUGUUUGUCCAAUUCAGUUGGUAAUGUCAAAGGUUUAUCAAAGGAAUCUCAAUCUGUGAUGGGUGACAGCGUUACGCCAGAUCCUCUAGAUGGUAAUGAUCAAGAUCCGUCAAAGUUCGAAAACAUUAAACGUAACCUUGAAGAUGUUUAUGAUGUUGAUGCUGUUGAUAGCUCUUCUACUAAACGUCGUAACAGUCCUGGGAAUGUUGAAAUAAACAAUUCUGACAAUUUGGACCUCAUCACCCCAAAGAUUGAGAAAUAA